AUGGCAUUGCAUUUUACAAACAUUUUAAUUCUAGUUUCAAGACAUAACCUGUUUGUUAAUUUGACACAGGUCAGUGGUGUCCAUCCAGAAUGCAGAUUUCAGCUGGAGAUUCACAAGGAGGAAACAAGGUGCAUGGAACUUCUGAAGAAUGCAAAGCCAGUGGACUACAAAGGAUGUGUUGGAGUUUGGGAUAACAUCACCUGCUGGCGUCCUGCGAAGAUUGGAGAGACUGUCACUGUCCCCUGUCCAAAAGUAUUCAGCCUUUUUUCUGGAAAACCAGGAAAUAUUAGCAAAAAUUGUACRAGUAAUGGAUGGUCGGAUAUUUUUCCUGACAUCUUAAGCACUUGUGGAUAUAACGACUACGAAGAUGAUUAUAAGGUCAACUUCUAUGUGAGGGUGAAAGCAAUUUAUACCCUUGGACACAGCGUGUCACUGAUUGCUCUUACAACAGGAAGUAUAAUUCUUUGUCUUUUCAGAAAACUUCAUUGUACUCGGAACUACAUCCAUCUGAACCUGUUCCUCUCUUUCAUUCUAAGAGCAAUCUCUGUUUUAGUCAAGGAUGAUAUUCUCUAUUCCAGCUCCAACACUGCUCACUGUCCAGAGGACCAAACCUCRUGGGUGGGCUGCAAGGCAAUUUUGGUGUUUUUUCAGUACGGAGUUAUGGCAAACUUUUACUGGCUCUUGGUUGAAGGGCUUUAYCUCCACAUCCUCCUUGUGCUCAUAUUCUCCCCCAACAGACACUUCACCAUCUACCUGCUGAUAGGAUGGGGAAUUCCUACAAUAUUCAUUAUUACGUGGACCGUGACAAGGAUCAUUUUAGAGGACACCGGUUGCUGGGAUACAAAUGAGCAUGGUGGUCCCUGGUGGGUUAUACGAAUACCAAUUUUAAUUUCUAUUAUAGUGAAUUUUAUACUUUUCAUUAGCAUUAUAAGAAUCUUACUUCAGAAGCUAAGAUCUCCAGAUGUCGGGGGAAAUGACCAAUCACAGUACAAGAGACUUGCAAAAUCCACGUUGUUGCUUAUUCCAUUAUUUGGAGUUCACUACACGGUGUUUGCUCUAUUUCCUGACCGCAGUUCCAACAAUUAUAAGAUCAUCUUUGAGCUGUGUUUGGGAUCUUUUCAGGGGCUGAUUGUUGCAGUCCUGUAUUGUUUCUUGAACAGUGAGGUGCAGGGGGAGCUGAAAAGAAAGUGGCGGAGUUUGUGCUGGAAGCAGACAGCAGGCAGAGAUUACAGACUCCACAGCUCGUCCAUUUCUCGAAAUGGAUCAGAAAGUGUUUCCCAGCUCCACCGGAAUUCAAGAGCUCACUCAUUUAUGCAGACAGAGACCACCAUGAUAUAAAUGAGCUAGGUCUCCCAAAAGAUGAAAAACUGUGGGAUAUAUCAUUCAUUAUGCAGCUUGAUGUGAUAUUUUAUAAAAUGUACAGUUUAGUGCUUUGCUUUUCUACAUGUUGGUAUUUGGGGAUUUGGUUUGUGCAGCCAACCUGUGAAUUAAUAACAGAGAAGCCUGCCCCAUGGAUGCUUUUUGUUUUGUUUAAAUGGUAUUCAUAUUAAUUCUGAUGUUCUCUUGCAGUUUAUUAGCCGUUACAAUUCAAAAACUCAUUUUCAAUCCCCUUUCCCUCCAAUGUGGCUACAAGAUUUAUGCAUGGUAUCCUGUUCAUUGCAGACUGCUUUGGAACAUGUAAGGGUUAAGAUUGGAAGCAARCAACUUUCUUACACUCUAUUUAUACUUAAGGAAACAUUGCCUUAAGGAUUAAGAAAUUMUUUUCUAAUUAUGGCAAAUAAAAUUUAAAAAAAAAAAAAUCUAAGACCAUAAUUAACCACAGUGGGAGUUCAGUGUGCUAAUCCAGGAAAUCAUGAACGUGAUUUACACAGAGGGAAAAAGGUAGUACUUCUAGGCUAAUGGGAUACAUUUCAGAGAUUACUUUCCUCAGAGUUUGAUUCCAAUCCUGUUGCUCCUUCCAAAAGUGCCUAGUUUAAUGUUUUGGUGCAGAAUGKAGGGCAACCUUUACAGUCCAUGCAGAAAAGACCACUACAUCAGUUUUGAAUAAAACUGCAGCCCUUUCCAAUAGUGCUAGUCCAAUCAUCAGUUGUUCUCUUCUGUUUGAAGUCAGAGAUUUAUGUAGAUCUUUCAGGAAGAAAUUUUCU